ACAUACUCAAAAAUUUUAAUUGAUUUAUAACUAAAAAUGUUCUGAAUUUCAAGCAGUCGAAACAAACAAUAAAAAAUUUGAAUUAUAAGUAAAAUGGAAUUCAUUUCGGAAGUAAUCGGUGAAACAAUCAUUUUAGGAAUUGAUUCACUGAUUCUUGGUUUUUGUGUGAGACAGCUGAGCAAAUGUAAACAUAUUUUAAAUGCCUUACAGUCAGCACCAGUACUAGAUAUUGAUGCAUCAAUAAAUAAGGAAAUUAAUAAAUAUCCAAAUAAUGUGAUUCCAUACGUAGUGGUGCGAGGGCUUGUGAAGCCAUUGGGAAACCCAAUCAGAAGUAACUACAACCAGUCUGUUACAGGAGUUGUUCAGAGGCUAACCAUCAAAGAGCAUGUUAUAGCUAGAACAUCAGCAGGGUUUUGGUCUGACCAAACCCGCACUAUUCAUGAAGUCUAUAAUUCCUGCCCAUUUGUACUGAGCAAUGGGAAGCAUACUAUUGAAAUUAUUGAUGCGCUGGCAGCGGAGUUAAUAGAUCUUGAUGUCAUAUCAGACAAAUUUGAGCCAAUGUCACCAGGUGUUAUUGAUCAUGUAUGGGGAUUUUUCUCUGGUGUGAGGCAGAGAGGCUUGCAAACGAUGGAGGAAAUGUUACGAGAUGGCUCCUACAUCACAGCCAUAGGAGAGUUGAGCAGAACAAAUGGUGGCCUCAAAAUCCAGCCACCAAGAGAUGGUUUGCCCCUUUAUCUCACCACCUCAACAAAGUCUAGUUUGCUAAAACGCCUGGCUAGCUCUAAAGACUUUUUAAGAGUUCUUAUAGUUGUGUUUGGAACUGUAGCUGUUAUAGCAUCAGCGCGCAUUGCAUACAAGUACCUUAAAAGACGACAAAGAAAAGAAGCAGAGGAGGCUUUGAAGAAGCAACUAGCGGCUGGGCGGAGGGAGCGACGAGCACAGAUACGAGACAAGAAUCUUGGUGAACAUCAACUGUGUGUUGUGUGCACAGAAAAUCCAAAAGAAAUAAUUUUACUACCCUGUGGACAUGUCUGCCUAUGUGAAGACUGUUCAGAAAAUAUAAAGCACAAAUGCCCAAUCUGCAGAGAGAGAAUAGAAUCAAGGGCCCCUGCAUUUAUAACAUAAAAUGGCUUUACACUUUACGCUGUAGACUAAUAGAACUGUAAAUAAUUGCUUAAAUUAUUAAAUUAGUUUUGUAGAUCUUUAAUAGACGUUACAAAGGCACUUUCAAGAAGAAUUAAUAGUAAUUGUUAUGAAGUAACAUUAAGAAAGAUAAGAUUUAUUUUCCUAACCUGAGUCCUGACUAAUCUCUAAUUUAUAAUCCUAUUGUUGAUACUUUUGUGAGUGAACAAAAAUGAAU